UAGCAAAGUAAACAUCUUUUGCCUACUUUCUUCUUUUUUUCUCACUUAGUCACUUGCAUGUAGAGUACAGUCAGCAUCUUCUCUCUUUUUCUCCCCCAAUUCUCUCAAGAGAAUCUCUAAGCUUUUGUUCUUCUUACAAAUCAUGUACUUAUAAUAAACCCAAGAAAGAAGAAGAAGAAAAACAAAACCAAUCCCAAGCUGUGAUGGCGAAACAGAGUUACUUCUUCGUCUUCACCUUCUUGUUUCUUUCUCUUCUCUCAUACUGUUCUUCAACAACUACACAUCAUGAUGUGUUAAACCCACCAACGGUCUUUCCUACAAACCCCACAACUACACCGACGGCUACAUUUCCUCCGGUGACCAUAACGCCAACAAAUCCAGCCACAACAGUUCCUAUUGUUCCUCCAGUCACAACUAUUCCACCUCCUACACUCACACCACCUCCAGUCAUAACAAUUCCUCCUCCUACACUCACACCACCUGUGACAAACCCAGUAACCAACCCAGUGACUCAGUAUCCUCCAACACAACCCUCAGGGACGGUCCCAGUACCUGUUCCUGUGGUUGCACCGCCUGUUGUCUCAAACUCUCCAUCGGUUUCAGGCCAAAGCUGGUGUGUGGCCAAGCCUGGAGCCUCUCAAGUCUCACUCCAACAGGCUCUUGACUAUGCCUGCGGGAUCGCGGAUUGCUCUCAACUACAGCAAGGCGGCAAUUGUUAUUCUCCUAUCAGUCUUCAGAGUCAUGCCUCAUUUGCCUUCAACAGCUAUUACCAGAAGAAUCCUUCUCCACAAAGCUGUGAUUUUGGCGGUGCAGCCUCAUUAGUUAACACCAACCCAAGCACUGGUUCUUGUAUAUACCAGACAGGUUCAUCGACAUCAACACCAAUGACAGCAGGAACAACAACACCAACUCCAUCAACACAAACAGUGAACCAGCCUCCUGUCACAUCAACACCUAUAAUACCAACAGGAGGCGGGAUAAUCGGGGUUGGAACUCCGCCAGCGAUUUUUAACCCCGCAAAUCCUACAUCAAAUACGCUAAACAAUCCAUCCUCAGGAGGUUUAGCGGGUGGUUACGGUUUUGAUGGUUCGCCAAAUGAGAACAAUCCAACAUCAUCAGACUCUACACACUUGAAGAUUCACUUUGGUCAUGCUAUGGUGGCAACAUUGAUUCUUCACGCAGUGCUAUUUCAUUAGAAGUAGAAGAAUAUGUAGGAGUCAAAAUAGCUUUAUGACACACAAGUUAAAGCUCUUUUAGAGUAUCUUCCUAGGAAGAAGCUAGGAAUGUAAGACAUUAUAAAUUUCUUUGGUUCGACGGUAUUGCUAAGGCUUCGGAUUUGUACAGAAAACCUCUGGUUGAUUUGUUUUAAAUAUAUCUCUUUAGGACCAAAAGCGGAAACUCAGACAUUGUAACAAAGAGGUGUAUCUUAAUCCUUCAUACACUGGAGGGUACUGUCUAACUAUUUU